UCUGGGGAUGGGGGUAAGUGGAUUUUGUCGGAUCCAAUAUGGCGGACGAUGAAAUGGAUUGUUCUACAACAGCAGAAGGGAAAUCAUCCCGAUCGGACGCAAAUCUUCCCGAAUUCGAGCAGGAAGAUGAAAUGGAAGAUAAUUCAGAUGAUUCUGACGAUUCUAGCGACGACGAGAAGGCGGAGGGCGAAGAAAUAACAGCUCUAAGACAGUUUUUGGAAAACUCGCCAUUUCAUUAUGAAAGCCAUCUCAAACUGAUCAAAGCCUUGAGGGAUAUUGGAGACUUGGAUAGAACCAGACAGGCAAGAGAGACGAUGAGCAAGAUCUUCCCUCUAACUGCAGAAUUAUGGCUGGAAUGGAUUCAAGAUGAACUGCCAUUGGCCUGCAUAACUGAACAAAAGAAAUACAUCCGUGAACUGUUUGAGAAAGCUGUAAAGGAUUAUCAAUCUGUGAAAAUCUGGACAGAAUAUUGUCAAUAUGUGUUGGAUAACAUGGAAGGAGAGGACGGUUUAGAGGAUGCAAGAGCUGUAUUUGAAAGAGCCAUAACUUCUGUUGGUUUACAUUUAACUGAGGGUGUUUCCAUUUGGGAUGGAUACAGGGAAUUUGAAAUGGCCUUAUAUGAUUCUUACCAGACAAUGGCUGCAGGUUCAGACUUGCCGCAAGUUCAACAGAAAUUAGAGCGACAAAAGGAAAAAGUGAAGAGCAUUUUUAGGAGAGAAAUCUCCGUUCCAUUGAUUGGAAUGCAGGCUGUGUUUCGUGAGUAUGAGCAGUGGCUUGGGGACGAGGAAGUGCUUGAGUAUGUCACGCGAGGUUUCAACAAAGCAGAAGCGAAACUUGAGACGUGUCUGCCCUAUGAAGAGGCAUUGGCAUCAGCAACUUCACCCAAACUUGAUGAAUAUCGCUCGUAUAUUGCCUUUGAAAUGAAAGGCGGUGACUUGGCUCGGGUGCAGUGCCUCUACGAGAGAGCAAUUGUCGAUAACUGUCUCAACUAUGAAUUUUGGAUAGAAUAUACCAGUUACAUGGACACCAAACUGAACAUCGCUGACGUUGUUUUACCAGUACACGAACGAGCGACCAGAAACUGCCCUUGGGUCGUGGGAUUGUGGUGUAACUACUUGAGGGCUUUGGAACGGACCGGGCAGAACCCAGAAAAGGUCCAAGAAACUCUCGAACGAGGUCUGUCAUCACUGUCGUCCACUGCCCAAGAUUCAGCCUCACUUUGGUGUUGUUUCUUGGAAUAUCUGCGAAGACGUGUGGGAGACUGGGAAAUAGAAUGCCAAGAAAAGGAUGAUUUAAAGAAAGCCUAUAAAGAUGGCUUAGAAUACCUAGAGAGAAAUUUUGGUCGAGAUGCCGAUUCCCAGGCUCUGAUAUUAAGACAUAAAGCUUACGUUGAGGCAACAAAACUGAAGAAUAUAUCAGAAGCAAAAAGAAUAUGGGAUUCAGUUAUGCCGCAUCAUAAUCGUGAGGCCGAGUAUUGGCUGGAAUAUAUUCGAUUGUUAAGGCAGGUCAACGACAAUGUCGGAUGCAGAAAAGUUUUUAUCAGAGCGAUUCAAACGUCCAAUGAUAAACCAGAAUUAUUGUGCGAACUGUUUCAGAAGUUUGAGAAGGAUGAAGGUUCCCUAGAAGAUCUGGACUCAGCCAUGAACAAGUGUUCAACGAGGUUGAAACGAGUUUGGGAACAAAAGACAAGGGAAUACGAGAAAGCUGAGGUGGCUCGUUUGGCUGAACAGGAAGCAAACACAAAGAAGGAACAAGCAAAGGCUGAAAAACGAGCUCAGAAAAAAGCCGAGAUGAAAUCAAAAGUUGGAAAAACCAAACGAAAGCACGAGAAAGAUGAUGAAGCUGGCAAAGACAGGGAGGUCUCUGAACCAGAAACAAAGCGACCUUUUGUGUCGAAAGGGGAGGAAUUCACAAAACCCAAUGAGAAAGACUUGAAAGAAGCUCCUGUGGAGAAAGUUCAUGACAGGUCCAAAGAUCCUCAAACGGUCUUCGUUAGUAAUUUGACUUUCACAGUCGACGAGGAACAAUUAAAAAGUACAUUUUCUCCUCUGGGAGAAAUUAACGAGAUACGUUUGGUUCGAAACCUGCAGGGAAAAUCCAAAGGUUAUGCUUAUGUCGAAUUUAAAAAUCAGAGUUCAAUCUCGGCUGCUUUGGCUAUUGACAGACAGGAAUUAUGUGGAAGGCCCAUGUUUGUGUCUCCGUGCGUGGACAAAACUCAGAAUCCAACGACUUUCAGGUUCCCAACCUCGCUGGAUAAGUGUACAGUCUUCGUCACCAAUCUUCCUUUUGAGUUGAAGAGCUCCGAAAUUGAGGAUGUCUUUAAAGUGCAUGGCAAGGUGAAACAAGUUCGACUGGUUACCAACCGGUCAGGCAAGUCUAAAGGCUAUGCUUACGUCGAAUACGAGGAUGAGGCGGGUGCCGCCGCCGCAGUUCUGAAACAAGAUCAAUCCACGCUUAACAAUCGCGUCAUUAAUGUCGCGCUUUCUAAUCCUCCGAAAAAACAACGACAAGAACACGAAAGCCGAGUAUUUCGCCCUGAAGGAAGCAGACCUGGCCGAGCUCGGACCCAGGUACAAUUUGUACCCAGGGCCCUGAAGAAAGCACCUCACGUGGACACAUCUCAGCCAUCGCCAAACGAGGAGGAAAAUCCCAAACCAGCACUAAGUAACGACGACUUCAGAAAGAUGUUCAAAUAAACCCAAGGUACUCUUUUUACCGUGUUAAAAUAGUUAUGUGAAAAAUGUUGCGUUUUAUGAUGUAUUCCCCGCCGGAAAAAUGUGCGUACCACUAUGUAUAUAUGUAUGAGCAGGGGGGGGGUAACAACUACAAAGUAGUAAAGUGCCUAAUAUAGCGUUUUAACAAUAAGACGGAAGGAAUGUCUCCCGCUGUUGACUGAUAAUACGAUGAUUUGGAUGCUUAUUUGAGCAUGCGCGUGAGAUAUUCGUGUAUAUCUGUUCACGUAAUUCUUUAAACAGAGCCGGCUUCUAAAUUUUAGAAGCCGAUAGCGGUUUUUUGCAAAUUUUUAAUCCCUAAAAAAGAUAAUUGUAAAGUGUUUGUUUAUCAUAUCAGUGUAUUAAAAACUGGCUUUCUUUUGGGGAGCUUUGUUUCACACAUGACGUCCUAUUUUGCCAACAAAGGCACGAUUCACUAAAAG